AUGCAGCAGCAGCUGAGCCAGGCCCAAGAAGCCCUGCAGAACCCCGAGAUCCAGGCCCAGAUGGCAGACAUGAUGCAGACCAUGCAGAACCCCCAGUUCAUUGCCAGGAUGGCGGAGCUGAAGUCUGGCCGCAACCUGCACAUCCCCUUCCUGGUCCUGAUCGCUGGAACCAAUACUGCCACUCUGCAGGAGGACCCCGACCUUAAGCCGCUGUUCGAGGAGAUCAAGAAGGAGGGCAUGUCCGGUCUCAUGAAGUACAUGAAUGACCCCGUGCUGCUGAGUAAGGUAGGCCAGAAGCUGGGUGACCUGGGCGCCGGUGGCCCAGCACCAGUCGCCGGCGCCACCGCGCCGCCCGCCGAGGAGGCGCCCAUCCGGAACAUCCUGGACGCCUGCAAAGCCGGGGACCUGGAGGCGGUGGAGGACUACGCUGCGGUGGGGAAGGGGCGGCUGCAGGAUGAGGAGGGGCGGUGCGCGCUGCACUACGCCGCCGCCUUUGGCCGGCCCGAAGUGGUUGGCCUGCUGCUGGAGGGCCCCGACGCCGCCUUCCUUCUGGCCUGCCCCGACGGGCAGGGCAUGACGCCGAUCCAUUACGCGGCGGGGUAUGGCCACCCUGACAUCCUGGCCGCGCUGCUGGAGGCCGGGGGGGAUGCGGGGGCGCGCACCGGGGACGGCCGGUCUGCGCUGGAUAUCGUGCGCCAGGCGCCAGCCAACCCUGUGAACCGGCGGGAGGACCUGGUGCGGCGGCUGGGAGGAUGA